GAUCGUUUUAUUUCGCUUUAUGUAAAAAUUUUAAUUUUUGGUAUGAAAUUCUAUUUUAUUAAUUAUUAAAACUCAUUAAAUCAUAUUAAUUUACAUGAAAUUGCAUUCCUGGUGUACACAAGAAAAUCAAAACAAAAACGGAACAGCCACAAGCCGUUUCCAUGGUUACGGCUGUUGUUAAGCAAACUUUCUGUUUCUAAAAUCCUGUCGAAAAUCAAUCCCUGAGUCUGAAUUAAUCAACAACAAGCAUUUAUCAGUUCUUUUUAAAGUUUAACAGUGAUGAAUUUCGACCUGGAUGAUCCUCUAGAAGGAUUGCUUAGUGAUGGUAGCAAUGAUAGCUUGUUCGGAAAUGAAGCUGCCAAAAAACCGGCCAAAUCCAGCAAACCCGGCAAGAUGGAAGAUUUGUUCGGUAUUAAAACGGAUACGGUAACACAGCCUCCCAAACCGGUGGAGCAAUCCAGCACUGCUGCAGAAAAAGUACAACCGGCCUCGUUGGAUUACACGAAACCUUCCACCAGUACAACUGCCCAGCAACCGUCAAGCUUAACCAGCAUGCAGGCAAGGAAAUCGGACACACCAGCAAUUAAGCAGCCGACUGGCACAGUCACGUCCGCCAAAUCAGCCACUCCACAGAAGAAGGAAAUUUCAUUCGACGAUAGCGAUUUGCUAGCAGACCUUGGAUUCGAUCCCAAAAAACCUAAAUCCAAAUCCAGCAUUCUUGACGACAUUCUCGGUGGUUCUCUAACGGCAUCGACGAAAGAAAUCCCACCGAAAAGUGUUCUGACCAAACCGAGGCAAAGCCUUACCACGACGCUAGAAGAACCACCGAACACCGGGAAACCAGUACCUCGCCAAACGGUUGAAGCUUCCGAUCACCCACAGCCCGAAAGCACAGUUACGGGAGGCUACGCACCGAGUGGCGGCGGCGGCGGCAACACUGUUCCCAGUUCCGGCGCACUGCCAAAGAGAAGCGGACGCCGUAAGUCCUCCGUAUCGGUGCUAAACGAUCCUUUAGGGCUUUUUGGUUCAACGGCGGAUGAAAAGACUGCUCGCCCUGAAGCAACAAAGCAAACGAAAAAGGCUGGGGCUGAUUGGUUAGGUUUAAAUGAUGAUACCGGAGCGAAGGAUGUGGGUCCUAUCCAGACGGGUUCGGCAACACCAGCCAAACCACGUGAUUCUAUAGUAUCAAACGCGCCAAUCGUUUCAGUUCCUCAAGCUCAGAAAGAGGUUUCCAUUGAAGUUCCUGUUCCAUCGAAACCAGAAAAACUUCCUACGCCUGCCGAAGCGAGCUUCGUUCCUUCGCAGCCCGUGCCCAUCGUUCAACCAAAAUCAAUAUUUCCCGACCCUCAAACAGUCACCAACACGCUACAAAUAGUAGAGGCAGAAGCACAGAGCGCAAUUGCGGUAAUGCAACAGCAAGAGUUCCAGCUAUCCGUAGCCGGACAAAUGAAAGCCCAGGAACAGGCACUGAUCGAUAUGCAACAGAAGCAGCACACGAUUUUGAAAAGACAAGAAGCUCAGUUUAACGAAUUGCUUCAGAAACAAAUGCAACGCCACACUGCCCUGGAAGAGGUGCUAGCCAAACAGCAGCAACGGAUAAAUGCAAACAUUCAACUCAUAAUGAGCCAACCGGCGUCAAUGCCCGCCAAUCCUUUCCUUGACCAAAAAGCUGAGGAACACUUCGAAACCGACUCCAAACGCUUUUCGGCCAAAAAUCCAACCGAAAGCCUAGAACUCCAAACAGACGUGAAGCGGCUGGAGAUGGAAAAGCUACGCUUAGAAGAUAUGGUGUCCAACCUUUCGGCAAAUCACGAGCAGGAGCUAUCGAUACUCGAAACAAGCUACAAAAAACAAAUGAUCUUCCUCGAGGACAGUCUUCGCAUCAUUGAAGCACGGCUAAAGCACGAUAACAAGCAGUUGGAAGAGUUUUACCGGGCCAAGCUUACCUUUGCCGAACAAGAGCAGCAAAAGUUGGUGCAAGAUCACGAGGCAAAGGUACAAGCGAUGGAGGAACAGCACCGCAAGGUGAUCGAUCAGCUUAAGGCAGGGUACGAAGAAAGCCUAGACCAGCUGCGGCAGGACCAUCGCGAGAUGAUAGCCACCAUACGUGAGUCAAAAAUGCUUGAAUUUUCCGUUGUUCAGGAAAAUGAAUCCUACCUAAAGACGCUCAAAACUGCCUCCAGCUAUUUGGAGAAUGCGUCCGGCGAUCUUCAGCAGCUCCGAGAUACGCUACAGGAGCAAAUAGAAUUUUCUCACAAAGAAAAAGAGCUCCAGUUGAAGCACCGUGAAAAGCAGCUCGAGGAUCAACAGCGGUUGGUCGAGCGUUCCCGGGAGGCUGCGGCUGAGGAAAACGUUCGUCUGCUUAACUUGGUGGAAAUGCUCGAAAGUAAAGUUACCGAGAUGACAAAGGUGUCAUCAGAAGAGCGAUGGGAGUAUCAGCAAAAGUGCACCAAACUAGAGGCGGAAAAGCAGAGCCUGGAGAAAGAAAAGCUCUUUCUCCGCGAACGACACGCACGGGAAGAAUCUCGCAUCGCGGAGCUCAAACAAACCCAGCUGGAAGAACACGCCCGGCUGAUGGACAAAGUGGCACAGGAACGGCAAACCCUGCUGGAGGAGAAAGCCAAAAUGGAAACUAUGGCUCAACUAACAUCCGGCAACAAUUCGCUUGGAUCGGGAAUGUCCCGUGCUGAAGUGGACGCAGCGCUUAAGGUGGCUGAGGAAGCGGCACGCCAAGCGGACGCAGAGAAGGACCGUUACCUACAGCUGCAGCGUCAGCUCGAAUCGAAACGCCGUGAGAUGCAAACGCGCGAGAGCAAGCUGCGUGAAGCGAAAGACGAACUCGAGUCUGCCAUCGAUCGUGCCACCCAAAGGGAGCGUCACGCAGAAUCGGUGUACCGUGCGCUUCGCAAGUCGGAGCAGAACUUGCAGCUCAAGAUGCAGCUAGUGCAGCGACAGUUUCGCGACGUGUCCGAGCGGGAAGAUCGUUUGGCUAAGGAAAAGAUCGAGUUCAGCAAGGAACGGAUGGAGCUGCAGGCUGCCCGCCGCAAGCUGCUACAGACACGCUGCAGUCUGUGUAAAAUAGGCGACAAGUCGCAGGAAAUUGGUGACCUGCUCACAACCAACACCGAUUCCGUGGCUGACGAUUUAAAGCUGGAGGCCAACUUUGCCGAAAUGCAAAACCGGCUGGACAGUACGGCCGUAAAGUUGGACCACUUUUUCGACAGUGACGUCGAUCGGCAGAUGAAACUUUUCCUCGAUCGCAACCAGGUAGAGCAGGGGGACGAUGAUAUGCAGCUGACAGCCAGCCAAAGAAGACAUCGGGACAUUGAUCGUGAUUUGGCGUUACUGAGCUUUGAUGCUCUUUUUCCUCAAUUGCGGGCCGGUCUAGACGGUCCGGAGAGCAGUGACACACAGAAAGGUCCGUUGUGAAAAUGUAGCUAAAAAAAAAUCCAACAAAUGGCCUUAUUUGA